UGUGCUCACUUUGGGUGGGGAAAUCCGGAAGGCUGGAGGCAUUUCUGUGGGGUUAAUCGGUCAUUGCGCGGAAUUUGCCAUCUCGGGUGCGGAUCGUGCUAUUGAAUCGAUCAUUGGCUUGUUGGCGGACACCAUACUUCUCUGAGCGAAUAUAUAAAAUAGUGAGUUUGACUCAGUGUGUGCCCAAGCGACGUCGGAGUGUUGGAGUUUUUAUGCACAGAGGUCUGGAGUUCCGCCCACGCAUUGAGCUGCGUGAUCAUCAGGUCUGAAUCGCAGAUGCAAGUCCAUCAAGCGCCCAGGGACUUGGAGUCCCAAAUGGAGUGGAAUGACGUGCUCCAUACAGGAUGCGAACGAUGUAACAUGGAUACAAUCUUCGACAUGCCGGUCGCCUCUCAGACGGGUGAAAGCUUAAAAUACGGAACCGUGGAUCAUCAAGGCAUAGAGCGACAUGAAAAUCAAGACCAUCCUCCUCACAAGCACCGACAUUCGCUGGAUAAAAGCAGCCUAGAUGCACACCAAUCAAACGACGACUUUCACCGGCGACUCAGCUUAGAUGAAGUGGAUACAACACAUUUCCCCGAAUCCUAUUUAGACCGCAUGAAUGGAAUCGAGCUGGACAGAAUGAAUGAUGCACGUGAUUCUAUGUUUCCGCUGGACAAGCGAUGGCCAUUCCUCCUCCGCGUGCCGGUCAACGUGUUUGGAAUUUCAAUGGGCAUUGGUAGUCAAUCUAUGGUAUGGAAAGCUCUCGCAACAGAGAGGUCGAUGCAGUUCUUACAUGUGCCCUCUACAGUGGGCACCAUUUUUUGGGUCAUGGGAAUCGUGGUGCUCAUCGUCGCUUCCGUGAUCUAUGCUCUGAAAUUAUUUUUUUGGCCAAAGGCUGUGUAUCGGGAGUUUGUGCACCCAGUUCGCUCCAAUUUUUUCUUUGGGCCAUUACUAUCAGCGUUGUUUCUUCUUCUCGGAGCUCCUACGCUGGUGAACAAUGAUGAUCGGAUGUCCACGCUAGUGGGAGCCUUCGUUAUUUGCGUACCGAUCCUGUUAAUCGAGGUUCAUUUCUACGGGCACUGGCUAAUGGGAGGACACAAUCGUCGGCUUAGCGUCAUCGCGAAUCCGACAACGGAAAUUGCAGUAAUUGGAAACUUCGUCGGCGCCACAGCCUUCGCCAAGGCUGGUUGGCAUGAGCUUGGCUUGUUUUUCUUCUCAUUUGGGUUACUGCAUCAGAUCGUGGUGUUCCUAACCAUUUACAUGAGAUUACCAUCAAACACGCCUCUCGGCUCCCAACUCCAUCCCGUCCUCUUCCUCUUCGUGGCUCCGCCAAGCACCGCAGCCACCACCUGGAUUGCAAUCAAUGGUAGCGAAGACUCUUUCUCAAAGAUCUUGACCUUCAUCGGCCUAUUUCUCUACCUCCUCCUUGUAUCCCGAGCGAAUCAUCUGGUGCGAGGAGUGAGAUUCUCCUUGGCGUGGUGGGCGUACACUUUCCCGAUGGCCGCUGCGGCACUUGCAGUGAUGGCUUACGCGACUGCAACUCAGGGCCUCUUCGCCAAAAUCCUGGCAGCGGCGCUGUCGUUCUUGUCCUCUGCCACCGUGACAUUCGUGUUUGUGUUCACCAUCGCCAGGACUUGGUCGGGCCACUUAUUCCCCAACGAUGAGGUGGUGGGCGUGUGCUUGACUCCAGAUCCCACAGUUCGCAACGAGGUCUCGCAUUUCUCCAAUCCUUGCCCAGCUACAAACUGAUGCUGAUGUCGAUCCACUUGCUGCUGCUGCAACAACAAUUGGCCGGAUUUGCACUCCAAAACUGAGUUGUGCUCUCGGUAGGAGCUUGAGAUUUUUCUAGAUGAAUUCCUCUGUCGAGUUGUGGGUUAAAACCCGCUCUGAAAGAACACAUUUUACCUAGUUUCUCUGCUUGUUUCACAAUGAGAGUGAAGUUCAUUGUGCAACAAAAAUGAAAUUGGCCCUCUGCCUGGUAUUGUAAUCCUUAUUUCAUCAGGGUAUUAUGCAUGCCGAUGUUAACCGAGUUGGUUAUCCUCUGUGUACACAGACAAUGUUAUCUUUCUAAACUACACAUAAAAAAGUGAGUUGGUGUGCACAAAAAAAAAAAAGAAAAAAGAAAAAAAAAAAGGCAAUGUUUGUAGGAGAUUGAUAGGUUGAAAUCUUAGCAAACAAAUUGACCAUGUGUCAUUAAUGUUGGUGGUUUGUGGUAUUAGUUGUAUAUGUGGUGCACAUAUUAGAAACUUGUCUUGCAAGUUAGACAUUUAUCCCUCAAGUUGGAUACAUGUUUGAAGUAUUAUAGAACACUCUUGUGUAGCUCUUAGGUAGAUAGUAUAUAUGGUGUCAAGUGUGGCCUUUCUUUGCUCUUAUCAACUCCUUUCUUGUUCUUGAUUUUGUUUUAAAAGUUUGAAAUCUUUUUGUCUUUGGCAA